AGUGCGCCACUGGGACCGUUUUAGGACCAUAGGUCACUUUUAAUUGGCCCUUGGCAUAUUCUAAAAAUAAAAUUUAUAUCAACCUACAUUGGAUUGGUUUUCACAUCUUUAAUGCACCAAAAGUCUAAGGUCAGCUGCGAUGGUCACAUCCUGGUCCAUAGUGACUCUCACAUCUGCUAAUGUGUUUUUUUAAUCAAAUGUACACUCAUGUUGUGAUGUUUGUGGAAAUGGCUUAUUUUUGUUAACCUUUCAUUUAUCUUCAAAAAAAAAAAAGUCGAAAGUCGAUCUUAAAAACAUUUAUUGAAAUCUGCAGCUGGUCGUCACGGUAACUAGAGGCACGUAUCAACAGAUAAAGACGGGAGGGAUGACCAGCUGGUAAGUUAGUCUUUAAGAAAUCUUCGUACAAAGAAUAACACCUAAUAAUUACUGUAAAAACACAUUAGCGGACAGUGGCAGGAUUAGUGCAGUGGCGCUACCUAGUGGAGAAACUGGGGAAUGACACUUUCAUAAAGAAGAAAGUCAUACUUUGAAGAAAGUAAUAGCAUUGUGGUCCAAGUGGUGUUAUAAACACAGCAAACGUCAACAUGCUCCAAAUUCAACUGCGGCCUGUGUUCAACACACACAGAUGUGUGCGGGAGAUGACAUAAAUCCGAAGCAUCCCUGCGGGCUACAAUAACAGUAAUCCCAGAGUGAGCACAGAAAAGGUGGAGCCGACUGAAAGCUGCAGUAGAAAGUGGGUCAGCGCCAGUAAACACAUUUGCUGCUGGACGCCACAAGCACAAGUACAGCGUGGCAGUCUGGAAGCUUCUGUCAGGAGCUAACAUGGUCAACAAACUACUAGCACAACCUUUACAUCAUUAUUACCAUUAUCAUCAGUGAUUGUUAAAAGUCACAAAAGUUUAAUGAACAGCAUUUCAUAGUGGCUGACAAGACAUCAUGUCGAUGAAAUGUCUAAAUUAGACUGAAGUUAGUGUCAGAGACUAAUAGAAAACAUGUGUUUCUACUUUUCCACAGAGUCCAUCUUUGAGUCUUUCCAGGGGCAGCUUUGCUCUACAGCUUGGCCUUGGCUGGCUGCAGCUGAAGAUUCUGGAGCUUCAUGGCCAGGCCCAUGUUGCCUGUGAUCUUCAGCUUGCCCUGGAAGAAGGCCUGCCCGUCAGGAGAGAGAAGAUGUCAGUUUGGGCCAAGCUGGGCAGAGCUGGCCCGGGCCGUCAUGCACACGCUACUGGCUUGCAGAGUUACCGUGAGAGAUUAACUAUGGUCGGAAAGUGGGACAAGAGCUUAUGGGAAGUGUGUUGAAGCUGGACGCCUGUCAAUCAAACCAUUUCGACAUUUCACACUAAGACUUUUAUUUCUCCUUCCUUUGCGUCACCAUCGACUUGUUCUGCUCGUACUUAAAAUAACUUGGGUCAAAUAGGGGCAGGCAUGACUAAGUGAUUACAGAUAGUUUUUUCAGGAGACGUAAUUCAUCUUGACAGAGUAUUGUCUGACCUAAACAGAUACAGAACAUGAACAUCACAGAGUGGAUGGAGUGUUUCCUACAGGACUGCAAUAUAUUUGUGGCGGCUGGGAGUUACAACAACUAGUAUGAGAGUUAUAUCACCUUGUCAUUUUUGCACUACAUAGAAGAGAACCCCUCCUCCUGUGAAAAAAGUACAUUUUAAAUGAGCUACUUUUUACGUUUACUAGAUUUUUAGACCAGUCAUCAUACUUAUAGUUUGGAUUGUUGGACAUGAAGUUGUAUGACAUCCCCAUUAGCAGUGUAGUGCAAUUACAGUGAUGUUUCCCUCCCAAUUCGUCCGGUGAGCCGAGUUCUGGUCGUUUUUGGUGUUUAAGAAAAGUAUUUCCGGCUAGUUGGUGGGGUCACUACAGAGUUUUGCUUCUCAAGACAAUAUGUGUUCAAAAGAGUAAUACAUUUGUAUCACAAAACCGUUUUCCACGCCAAAGUCGUCAAAAUCCCUCAGCGUUUUCUCUCCAUUUGUAUCAGCGCGCUGCCGCCAGCUGUCAACUGUUGCACACAUUACAUGAGCUGUUUCACAGUGUUUACUGUUUGGAUAGUGAAAGUAAACAUUGGGGGAACAUUGGUGAUGACAGGGUCAUUAGGGUCCAUCGUUGCAUGCUCACCAUUUGGGGAGUGUUGAGUGCAACAUCCGGGUGCUGACAGUGUACUGCAUUUGCCCUAAUUCUAUUUGACGCACUCAUACACUCGAAAUGCUAAGCGUAAGUGUGGAAGGGCACAAAUUGAAACACAUCCCUAGUUUGCUGUCUCAGUGAGCUGCUAUGAUCGGAAUCACAAGAGGACAUGAACAGGAAGACAACUUUGGUGACAUUUUCUUUUAGAAAAAAAAAGUUUUAAGUACAAUGACCGUGUGAAUGGAGUUAGGCUCCGCAGGCUGCUGAUGUUAGCAUGUGUGUUGGUUUCUUUCUUACACUAGACUAAUAUUUGUGAAAGUUGUCUCUAUGAAUGCUCACCGUCUGAGGGUUCAUCUUUCCCGUCAACAAGGCCAGCAAGUCUGAGUCAGACAUGGCGAUGGUGCAAUCUGCUUUCUUAGCUGAUGGACACAAGUCGACAUUGUGUUAAUGAUUGGUGAAGUCAGACAAAUGACCCAACGAGCGAGGGCCCUCACCUGUGUCAUUGUGCACACAGCCACUGCCGUUCUUCACAUCCACAAACCACGUGGCCUCCUGUCCGUUUGGACCGUCCUUCACUUUAAAGGCAAACACGCCCCCGAUCUUCUUGACAAACUUCUCUCCUUCCUGUCGAAAGAGCACAAGUAUUGAGAGACACAUGAGAACAUUUUAGCAUUAGCAACAAGUCAUGUGAUCACCUCCUGGAGCAUCUUGUUGAUCUCCUGGAACACAGCGUGAGCCUUGAACCCUUCCAGUCCAUCAGUGGCGCUGCUCCACACGGCCUGAAUCCUUCAUAGUACAAUUAGCAUAGUAUCAAUGAUACAGGCUGUCAUCCAUACCUGCUCACAUUUGCAUUUGAAAUUAAGGGCAUUUUUAUCGUCACUAAUCGCCAACAUAGUGGAAGGUUUAAACUCUUGGAAUGUUUGUACAUACCAUCACUGAACACACACACGAUGAGGAAACGUGACACAAUUUGAACAAGACGAUGACAACUGAUAACAUUAGCUAAUGCUAAUUAGCCUCACAAAUGUGAGCAGUUAUCGACGCGUCCAGCAACAUUCGUGUUCGUACCUUGGUGUGUGUGUUUCGGGCAUUUUAUUGCCGCUCUAUGGGAACAAAAAAGCUCUUCUAGGUUGUAAAAAGCUGCAAGGUGUCGCUGAACUUUGCUGUUCUUUGCUAACUGCACUUCCGGGUCCCCCUCCUGAACUUCAGACUCGAUGUGUCAAUGUCAGAGUUAUCUCUCAAAGAGUGUCUGCGACAACUGUUAUCAUUAGCUAAUGUUAACUUUACCUCGUUAAUAUGCGACCUCCCUAAUGAGAGCAGUUUAUCGACACUUUCAGGAACAUUAGUGUCCGUACCUUGGUGUGUGUAUUUCGGGCAUGUUAUAGCUGCGCUCGAGGUACAAAAAAAUGCACGUGAAGGUUCUUAAGCGCUGCAAGGUGUCUCUGAACUUUGCUCUAGUGCCUCCUCCCGACUCCUGCUCAACUUCAGACUCGAUGAGUCGAUACCAGAGUGAUCUCUCAGCAUAAAACUCGCAACUUCAAACGUCAAGUUCUACUGUUACAUUGUUGUACCACGCUCACACUGUCUAUAAUAUAAUACAAUGAUGUUGUAGUGCCCUACGAUGGAGUAAAGGCAGCAUAUUUACACUUUGUUGGAAUGAUUGUCCCUCGCUCGAAGUAAAGCACGCAUACACACACAAAAAACAUUCCGUCAGUAAUGUCAGCAAAAUACACUGCUCUCUGCUGGCCAAAAGGCAAAACUGCAGUAGCCUCAUAAUACUUGUAUUUUUCUGUGAUUGGAAAUUCUUACUAUAUGCACUUUAAAUCAUACUGAUGUUUUUCAAGAAAUGUCAGUCAUUAUGAAAUUUAAGUUUUUUUCUCGUUUAACUUGUGGUCAAAUGUAAAGGUGUAUUGUGCAAACUAAAUAAAAUAAUGACUGCUCAUGUAAACGUCCAUAAAAUUUCUAUUUCACGAAUAUUAAUUCCAUCAUUUAAAAAAAGUGCGGAUGAGGAUACUCUUGGGUUGUUUUGGGGACAACUCUGACCCCAUCCACAGUGGACUCCACUGUACUGGGUUUGGUAGUCCACACAUGACGUAGGCGUACAAAGGUCACGUGACACACCUGUUCAUUUUACUUCCUGGUUUAAAUUCGUUUUUAAGUGAACGUGUUUUAAAAUUAUAUGACCUUAAAUGCUCAACGGUAAGAUUUUCUGUGCGGGGCGACGUUUCGUCAGAAGAUUAAAAAAGCGAACAAAGGAAGCUGGUUCUUAGCGAGUAAGCUAACGAAGCAGCAGGCGGUUGCUAACGUUAGCUAGCUGCUCCUUAGCUUCAGCUGUCUUCCGACUUGUCGUUUGGCCUGUGAGCUUCUUCAUCAAAGCUUCAGUUUGUUUACUUCACCAGUCAUGGCCAAGCUACUGUCAAUGCAAAGUUUGGCGUCUUUGAGGAAACCCGCUGGGUUUGUUCGUUCCAGAGUGACUUCAUUGGGAUUUACAAAGCGAAACUACAGCGGCAAAAAUGAAUCUUCGUCAUCAGAAUACCUGCACAGAAGCGUUGUGCCAAGCAUGCAUUAUCAGAAGAGUUUGCCCAGAUUACGUAUCCCAAAGCUGGAGGAAACCAUCAGGAAGUAUUUAGCCGCUCAAAAGCCUCUUUUAGACGAUGAUCACUUCCGAACCACAGAGAAACUGGCUCAAGACUUUCUAACUGGGGAGGGCAAAAGCCUACAAGAGGAUUUGGUGGCUCAGGAUAAAAACAACAAUCAUACCAGCUACAUUUCUGGUCCGUGGUUCGACAUGUACCUGUCGGCACGUGAGCCAGUGGUGCUGAACUUUAACCCCUUCAUGUCGUUCAACCCCGACCCCAAAAGUGAGUACAACAACCAGCUGGUGCGAGCAAGCAACAUGGUGUGCUCGGCUGUGCGCUUCAUGAAAACACUUCGAGCUGGACUGCUAGAGCCGGAGGUUUUCCACCUCAACCCGGCAAAGAGUGACACGGAUGCCUUCAAGAAGCUGAUCCGCUGGGUGCCCUCCUCCCUGUCCUGGUACGGUGCCUUCAUGGUCAAGGCCUACCCGCUGGACAUGUCACAGUACUUCCGCCUCUUCAACUCCAGCCGCAUUCCCAAGCAAGGACGUGACGAGCUCUUCACCGAUGAGAAAGGGCGACACCUGCUUGUGAUGAGGAAAGGCAACAUGUACGUGUUUGAUAUCGUGGAUGGCAACGGCAAUUUGGUGGCACCCAUGGAGAUCCAGUCCCACUUGAAGUACAUUUUGUCUGACACAACGCCGGCGCCAGCCUUCCCUCUCGGAGUCCUGACCAGUGAGAAUAGGGAUGUGUGGGCAGGCCUUCGAGACAAGCUGAUAGCUGCCGGGAACGCAGAGGAUUUACGGACUGUCGACAGCGCUAUUUUCUGUCUGUGCCUGGAUGACGUGAGCCUCAGCGAUCCUGUGCACGUUUCGCACAACAUGCUGCAUGGCGACGGCUGCAACCGCUGGUAUGACAAGUCCUUCAGCAUCAUCAUAGCCCAGGACGGACAAACUGCCAUCAACUUUGAACACUCGUGGGGCGAUGGCGUGGCCGUGCUCCGCUUCCAGAAUGAAAUCUUCAAAGACACCACAGAGAAGCCGCUCGUGCAUCCGGGCUCCACCCCCGCCGCCGAUUCUGUGUCUGCUGUGCGCCGUCUGCACUUCAAGCUGGACGGCGAGCUGAAAAAUGGCAUCAAGAAGGCCAAAGCCACCUUUGACUCGGCCGUGUCCAAGCUCACCAUUGACGCCAUGCAGUUCAAACACGGCGGCAAGGAGCAGCUGAAGAAGAGCAAGCUGAGUCCGGAUGCCGUCGCCCAGCUGGCCUUUCAAAUGGGCUUCCUGAGGCAGUACGGCCAGACGGUCGCCACCUACGAGUCUUGCAGCACAGCCGCCUUCAAACACGGACGCACGGAGACCAUCCGUCCUGCCACCGCCUUUACCAAACUAUGCUCGCACGCCUUUGUAUGUGAGGCAGGGAAGCACAGCGUGGCGGAGCUGCAAGCCAUGCUCCACCAGUGCUCUAAAUAUCACGGGCAGCUCACCAAGGAGGCUGCCAUGGGUCAGGGUUUUGACCGCCACCUGUUCGCCCUGCGUUACCUGGCCGGGUCCAAAGGUCAGCCUCUGCAUGGCCUGUACACUGACCCCGCAUACGCCGCCAUCAACCACAACAUCCUAUCCACCAGUACCCUCACCAGUCCCGCCGUCAGCCUUGGAGGCUUUGCACCAGUGGUACCUGAUGGUUUUGGCGUGGGGUACGGUGUUCACGAGGAUUGGAUAGGCUGCAACGUUAGCAGCUACCCAGCUCGUGACGUGCACCAGUUUCUUGAGUGUGUGCACAAAUCUCUGGAGGACAUUUUCUGUGUCGUGGAGGGAAAGUCGCUUAGCUGAGGUUCACUCGUCAUGAAGAACUUCUGAUGCUCUCGGUCAAAAUGCGGUAAAAUUUUAGACUUACGACAUGUGAGACCAAAAACUGAACAUCGACUCAGUUUCAUCAGGUGUGCAUGAGUGAAAAAUAGUGAAAAUUACACUGGUUCAUGUUUACAUGCGUGAGGUCUUGGUCACAUGAUUCAGUGGUUCAUAGCCUGCAUUGCCUUAUCAGAGACAUUUCUCUUCUCCUCCAGCCAGAAUCGUGUCCUUGAAUGUGUGUCAAAACAUACGCAUCGGUUUGUAUAAAUGACCAUUAAAAGCAAUAGAGUUAAGUACA